UGGUUUUUAAAUUGAAAUUCUCUGUGGCAGUUUAGAUUAAGCAUUAGUAUGAGAUUAAAGCAAAAUCUUAAUACACAAAAUAAACGGAAAAAAACUCAUUUGAAUUUCAAUAAAAAAAUUACAAGAAAUAAAACAUUAAAAAGAAAUGUAUGAGAAUAUUUCAACAAUAAGAUAUAAGAAAGAAGAAAUUAAAUGAAAUGAAGGUGGAAUUGUAGCAAAAAAUUGUAGAAAUAUAAAACAAACCAGUUAAAAGGGUUCUUUCUUGUAACAAAAUUUAAUUAAAUGCAAGGUUGGAAACCGGAAGUGUAAAAAAAUAAUAGAAAAAAAUACCAGAGAAAUUACACCAAUACAUAAAAAGUACAACUACAAGAAAAAAAUUGUUUAAAUUGAAAUUUAACACAACAAAGGGCAAACAGUAGACACGCAUAUAAAAAAGCUUUGCUACAAGUGCAUGAAUGUUAAAGAGUGGAAGAGAGCGUGUGAGAGGAGAAAAUAAAAAAAUAUUUCAAAAAGGGUUGCAUUUCCAAUUUCCAUAGAAAUAUUUUUGUUAGUUGUAGUUUUGUUACAAAAGUGUUAAGUUAUGCUGGAAUAUAUUAAAAUUUGUUGUUUAAUUUGAAGCACUUUUUUUUGUUGAACAUUAUUAAAAACCUGUUUGUUAUUGUGAAACGGCGGUGUCACUUUAUUAAAACUCUUUUGUACAGAAACCUUUAUUAAAAAGUUUCUUUGUGAAAUACACAAAAUAUAAAUAAAAAUACCACAAAAUUGUGUGACUUUUACUUUGAAGUUUUAUUAAAAUUGCUGACAACAACUAUCCCAAUAAAGUAAAGAGACUUUAUUAACACUAACAGUUUUUUAUAUAUAUAUUGUUGGUGUGUAAAUAAUGACAACAAUGUCAUCCUUUGUUUUACUGAUUGCUAGUGUGCUCUUAGCCAACUGCUGUUUGGCUUCAACAUUCGAUAAAGUCGCCAUCGAACAUGACAUGUUAAGAUUUUCCUAUGAACUCGAAUCCUGGCUGGAUGUAACAAAAAAACCCUGUGAUGAUUUCUAUGGUUAUGUUUGUUCACGUUCUUUAAAUGCCACCCACCAGGCCAAAUAUGACCGCCUGCAACAGCAAGAGGAAUUGAAAUUUAAUAAAUUUUUAGAAAGCAGCAAUGAUGAGGAACUCUUGGAUUCUGAACUAAAACUGAAGCAUUUCUAUGAUUCCUGUCAAAAUGCCCGCUCUAUGGAACAAUUAAAAGCCACCCUUAUGUAUCGUUCUGUGGGUGGCUGGCCAGCAAUUGAUGAUUCUGUAACCAUGUUGCGCAAAAGACGUAAUAUGACCUGGUUGCAGGUUUUAAGUAUAUUCCAUGAAACUGGUAUACCCUACUUUUUUAAUACCAAAAUCGAAUUAAUUUCCAACAAACGGGUGGUACAAAUACAACCCGAUGAUUCGCUACGUUUUACAUUGAGAAAGUUUGAACAGCUAUCGGUAGAGAUUAUGCAUUUGUGUAAUGUUGAUACCGGUCGUGCCAGAUUGGUGGCUUUGGAGAUUUUAAAUUUUGAACGUAAUUCAAGGGAUAUAAUGAAGAUAACGGUUAGUGAGCAGGAUAAAGUAAGAGAGUAUUCGUAUGCUGAUUUUAAAUUGUUAAGUUUUGGUUCAGUUUAUCCUUUGGAUUGGGAUGCCUACUUCCGUAAAGUUAUGGGUAAACCUUUGAAGCCAACUGAUUUGGUUAUUAUUACGGAUAUGCCCAAACUUAUACAAUACUUUGAGUUGUUGCAGGGCACCACGUUAACGAGAUUUUUGAAUUGGCUGUGGAUUGACUACUUAAUGGACAAAACUCCGGGAGAUUGCAAAACACUCGUUGAAACUUAUAUGGCGCCUGUAUACCAACAUAUUGUCGAACGUACCGGUAUAGAUAAAGUACAAAUGGCUCGUAUGUAUUCUGAACUGGGGCAGCAAUAUGAACAACUUUUGGCCAAUACAGCCUGGAUAGAUGAGAUUACACAACAAAACUCCAAACUGUUUCUGGAACGCAUAAUGCAUUUAACUUUAAAUGGUGAUGCAAAACUUGAUAAUGAUUAUCAGCCUUUAACCAUAACGAAACGUAAUUUCUACCGUAACCUAGAAAAGGUGCAAAGAUUUAAGGCCCAACAAAUGAAAAUAGAUAGUAAGCCACAAAACUCCAACAGUGCCGGACAAGUGGCCCAAAGUGCCAAAGAAUUUAUGAAAGUAUUUUUAACCAUUAAUGGUCUAAUACAACAGCAACAAAAUUUAACUACUCCCCUAAAUUAUGUUCUAUUGGGAGAAUAUUUCUCUGAGGUAAUGAUAGGGGGAGUUUAUGACACCCCUGGAGCCUGGAGAAGUACUGAUUCAGAUAGAAAAUUUGAUGUAUUCGAUAGAUGUAUACAAAGACAACAACCGCUGCAGGCUAGAAAUUUUAAUUUAAAUAAUUUACUACUGAAAAUAUUGUCUCAAAAACAAUCUUGGCAAACAUAUCAAUUAUGGCUACAGCAGGAUGAGCAAUUUGUGCAAAAAUUAAAUAAUCUCUUAAAAGCUGGACGUUUGCAAUUAUCCAUGGAAAAGUUAUAUUUCAUUGCCACUACUUUAGUGGACUGUCAUUUGCAUCCCAACGAACAAAGAAGACAAUUUAUACACACGGCACUUAAACAAACUAAAGAAUUUCAACAAACUUUUAAAUGUCAAACACGUGAUACGCUCUAUAACAAUAAUAAAUGUUUGGUUUUGAAGGAAUAUUAAUAAUAUUAAGUUGUUUUUAGAGAUUUUGAGAAAUAUUUAAGAAAAUAAAUUUACGAUUUUAAACUAAAACAAAACACA